AUGGCGAAGGGAAGCACAAAACUCGCCGCCUCGGGCAAGGCCAUUGACCCCACCCUUGAUGCCCUCUUCGCAUCCAGUGCUGGACCCGUGAAAGCCCCUGAGAAGACGAGGUACUCGGAACUGCCUGUACCGAAGUCAAACCCCAUUCCCGAAACCGCCGACUCUGACGAGGAGCUCCCGGACGCUGACGAGGGAGACGAUGAAGAGCUGUCCGAGCUUGGUAGCGACGAGGACGUUGAUCUCGACGACAUCGUCGAAGAUGAGUCUUCUCUUGAAGAAGACGAAGACGCCGAGGAGUCAGACCAAGAAGAGGAAGCCCCCGAGCCAGCCCCGAAGGCGAAGAAGGAACGGAAGCGCAAGCGGGAGGAGGACGAUAUCGAGGGCAAGUACUUAAGCAAGCUUGCGGAGGCAGAAGAGAAGGAAAAGCCGGCUGAAAAGCGCACCAAGAAGGAGGCCAAGGACGAAGAAGACGGCGGGGAGGCGACCUCGGAAACAUCGUCUGAGGGUGAGGAGUCGGACGAGGAGACACCUCUCGUCCACGAGUCCCUCGCCGCCGACGCUAAGACCAGGGCGAAGGACAGCGAAAUGGAGAAGGCGAACCGCACUGUUUUCCUCUCCAACGUGGCCUCCGACGCCAUUGACGACAAAUCGGCCAAGCGCACCCUCGAGGCUCACCUCUCCAGUGUUCUCGACAAGGACGCGACCCCGCAGCAGAGGAUCGAGUCGAUCCGCUUCCGCUCCAUCGCUUUCUCUGGCGGCGCCCUCCCCAAACGCGCGGCCUACAUCACGAAGUCACUCAUGAAGGAGACGACAAAGUCGGCCAACGCCUACGUCGUCUUCUCCACGCCCGCCGCCGCGCGCAAGGUCUGCGCCGAGCUCAACGGCACCGUCGUCCUUGACCGCCACCUACGCGUCGACAGCGUCGCCCACCCGGCGCCUACAGACCACCGCCGCUGCGUCUUCGUCGGCAACCUAGGCUUCAUUGACGAUGAGACCAUCCUCACCACCAACGACGAGGGCGAGACGGUUCAGAAGAAGCGCACAAAGGUCCCGGCCGACGUUGAGGAGGGGCUCUGGAGGACGUUUGGCAAGCACGCCGGCAAGGUCGAGAACGUACGCGUCGUGCGCGAUCCCAAGACGAGAGUAGGCAAGGGGUUCGCCUACGUUCAAUUCUACGACGGAAUCCACGUGGAAGCCGCCCUCCUCUUGGACGGCAAGAAAUACCCCCCGAUGCUCCCCCGCAUCAUGCGCGUGACCCGCGCGAAGGCCCCUCACAAGACGGCCCUCGCCAUGGAGCGAACCAACAAGGCCAGGGCCGCCCAAUCGAGCGGCCCCGGCGCUCCCGGUAACACAAAGUACCGCGCCAAGAUCACCCCCGAGCAGCAGUCCAAGGCCGGCCGCGCGGCGCGCCUAUUGGGCCGCUCCGGCGCCAACCGCGAGCGCCUCGGCAACAGAGGCGACAGGGGGAAGCCUCGCGCCACGGGCAACGGCUCCGGAGCCGUCCCCAAAGACGACAUGAAGGCGCCCGAGGACUUCAUUUUCGAGGGUCGUCGCGCCAGCGCCAAGGACGGCAGACCGAAGGAUCUCAAGUUCAACAAGCGGAGCAAGCCCAAGGGGGGCGGCGUCAAGAAGUCGAAGCCUACCGGUCGCGGCGCAAAGAGAGCGGCGGAGUGGAAGAAGAAACAGGGUUGA